AUGGCCUAUCAAAGCGAAGAAGAUGCCAAGAAUAAAAAUAUUGUCAAUUCUCAACCAACUAUGGAAGGUCCGAACAGACGAUCUUUGUUUCGUCCUGGAACCAAUAGUAAUGAAUUGGCUUCAAUAGAGUCAAAUAGAAAUAAUGUGCGCAGUCACACUUCGUCUGGUAUUUUAGCAAAUGAUCAAAAUCAACACGAGCAAAGGAACAUUGAAUAUCAACAGAAUGGAGCAAAUGGUAGUAAUGGAGCAGCAACGACAGUCAUAGCGAAAGUUACUCAUGAAGUUCGUCAAGCACUUCCUACCCUCAUUCUUAAGCUAAAUGAUCGUAGAAAGAAGAAAGGAAAACCUGAGGAUCCUGCUCAAUGCUUCGCACAAGCAUGUGAUGAUUUCGAACACACGAUUGUAAGUCAUGUGGAUGAUUUUCUGGAUCUUGUCAUGGAAGCUCGACCCAACACUAAUGAUCCUGAAUAUGAAGCAAAGCGCAGACUGUACAUAGAAAUGGUGAAAGGAGCUACCCUCAUGAUGGAGCAUAUGAAAAGAACAACUACGGACCUACUUACUAGUUUUCGGCUCUUCAUUGAAAACUUAUGGGAGGGAAUCUGCGAUGGCAAAGAUCCUCAAAAAAUCAGCGAUGCUUUUGCAAAAUAUGUAGACGAUUACAUCAAAGCAGCAUGGGCACCAAUGUUGGAAAAACUCGAUCGAAUGAUUGAGGAGAUCGAUGGCAGAGCAAAAGACAAAGAAUCAAAAUGA